AAUAAUUAUGGCAAACGUGUUCUUUGACAUCUCAUUUGGUGGAGGAGCUCCAAGCAGAAUCGUUUUCAAGCUCUAUGAUGACGUCGUUCCAAAGACAGCUCAUAAUUUCAGAGAACUUGCCACUGGAUGUACUCAGUUAACUCUAUUUUUAGCUAAGGGUUUUGGCUACAAGGGAUCCCCCUUCCACAGAGUCAUCACUGAUUUUAUGGCUCAAGGAGGUGAUUUCACAAAUCAAAAUGGAACAGGAGGAAAAUCAAUCUAUGGAGAGAAAUUCCCAGUAAAUAUCAUAUCAAUGAUUAGGAUGAAAAUUUCAAAAUCAAACACACCAAACCAGCACUUUUGUCAAUGGCCAAUGCUGGUCCAAACACAAACGGAUCUUAAUUCUUUAUCACCUUCGUUCCAUGCCCAUGGUUAGAUAAUAAGCAUGUAGUAUUUGGUGAAGUUGUAGGAGGAGAAAAAGACCCCACCUUAGAAUUAUUAAAGAAAAGUAAUACUUAUUCUCAAAUGUAGAUUCAUCACAAUAGGGUAAACCAAAAACAAAUAUCUAAAUCGUUAAUUCAGGAACAUUAUGAAAAUAAAUAUACAUUCAUCAUACAAAUCAAUUCCAUUUACAUUUAAUAAAG